UUUCGAACAAAUUAUUUCAAUAUACUAUGGGUUUGAGAUCUUAUCAAAAUUCGAAUGAUCUCUUUGUUCAAGUGUGUACAGUUGUUAUUUAUAUGUUUCCAAUUAUAGUACACCAAUUUUAUCAGCUCGCCAUAUCAGAUGUCACUUUUCAAUCUACGAUCAAAGUGUUACAGAAAAUGUUAAUUACAAUUUCUAUUUUGGGUAUAUACACUGCUGUAUACUACAGUUUUGAACAUAUGAAACAAAUUUUUUCUCAACUCAAGUUUGAUUACCAGCAACUUUCCGAUGAAGAUGAAUUGGAAAUCAUGGAAAAAUAUAAUAAAGAGGGGAAAAUGUAUACGUAUACUAUCAUCGGUUUCUUUAACUUCUAUUUAAUUGUAAUAGUAAUUCCUAGCAUUUUUAAUAUUUUCUGGUAUCACAUUGAUUCUUCAGACAAUGUUAUUUUAACUUUUCCCAUUCCUAUUAAUAAUGUUUUAAAACCAGGGCCGAUAUAUUAUAGUUUGCUUAUUUACCAAAUAAUAGGAAUCUUUGGUUUAAUGAUUAUAGGGUGUAUAUGUUUUUCAUAUUAUUUGUUAUUAAUUCUACACGCGUGUUGUCAAUUACGGGUUAUAAGAAUGAAAACAUCUCAACCUUUUCGGGAUCAUCGAAAAUUAAAUCAAAAGACUAAAUAUGAUAAAAAAAUCUUGAAUGAAUUCGGUUGGAUUAUUGAAAUAAUAGAACAUUAUAAAAGAGUUACGAAAUUUGUUGAUUUACUUAACACCACUACGAAGACUAUUUACUUAAUUGUAAUGUGCUUUGUGAUGUUCCUUAUUGUGUUAAAUUUCUUGUAUAUAUUUCACUUAUCAGCUGCUUUGACAGAUACAUGGGAACUAAUAGAAUGUGGCGUUUACAUAAUUGGGUCUACACUUAUUACAUAUAUUAAUAUGUAUCUUGGACAAACGCUUAUGACACAUAGCAUAGAAGCUCAUGCAGAAUUGUCUAAAAUUCCGUUCUAUAUGAUCUCUAUAAGAGUCCAGAAAAUACUGGUAUUUAUGAUGUUGAGAAGCUCGAAACCAUGCAUACUUUCAAUUGGAGGUAUAUUCGUGGCGUCGCAUGAAUUUUUCGCUGGGCUUAUGCGGAAAGCGUUUUCCUUCGCAAUGGCAUAUCGUAGUGUUCACUAACUUCAUCUCAAUUUACCUAAUAAUCUGUGAACUAUUGUUAUCACUCUUUCCUUCUAAUAAUACAAAAAUGUACUGAAUCGUAUAAAACAUA